AUGUGUAGCGCCUCCAACCCUGAACAACCACCACCGCAGAAAGAUAACCAUCUUUUGUCGUUGCCUGAAGAUAUAGUUUUAAGCUGCCUUGCCCGUGUCCCAAGAAACUGUAACCUAAACCUCACUCACGUAUCCAAAACCCUAAGAACCUUUGUUAGUUCGCCUGAGCUCAACCGCUUGAGAUCCCUCCUGCCCAAGAGUUCCCUUUAUGUAUGUUUCUACGAAAUUAACGAUAACGCUACGUGGACCCACCGGUGGCUUACUCUUGAGAAAACUACGACUGAGUAUCGAUUGGUUCUGUUCCCUUGUCAACAUUGCCCUUUUAUGGACCGUUCUUUAGCCGCAUCUGUGGGAUCAGAGAUCUACUUCCUUUGGAAACACUUGCGAUAUCCAUCUGAUCUUUGGAUUCUUGAUACUCGAUCUGGAAAGCUUAGCCUGGGACCAAGCAUGAAAGCUGUGCUCAGGAGUGAAGCCGUGGGAGUAAUCGACGGUAAGAUAUACGUGAUGGGUUUUGAUAGAUUCGAAGAUCUUGACGAGAAGAUCCAAGAGAAAGUGCCACCAAGAAAGUGGUAUAAUAAUACUUAUAAUAUUGCUGCUUCACUGGAGCGAAAGAUUUACAUGGUGAAAGCUGGUGGAAUCAGUGUAUACAACCCAAGAGAAGGUGAAGGAGAAAGGAUGGUUCGUAUGGUAAGUAAGAGACUGGCUGAAUCUAAUCCGAGAGAAGGCAGAAGAAAGGAGAAGCUAGAUGAAGCAGUGUCUUGGGUGUGUGUGGUAGAGAAUGUUCUCUAUGCUUGUUAUUGCAGUAGUGGGUUAAUGUGGUUUGAUACCAAGCUCAACGUUUGGAGAAGAGUGGUCAGUCGUUACGCUGAGGAAGCGUGUCACUUUGGUGAGCAGCAGGCAGUGGCGGAAUACGAAGGGAAGCUAGCGGUUUUUGAGUUCGUUAACCAUGACCUAGUCAAUAAUACUGAGAGUGUUAAGAUGUUCUUGUUCUCGUUCCAUACAGUUGGAGAAAAGAUUCUUGGGACGAUCGAGUGGUCUGGUAUUGUAGCCACGGUCCCAUAUGGCAGUCAAUUUUUGCAUUGUUCCGGAAUGUAA